AAAUAAAAGAGUUAGCAAAUACGCUGUGUAUCCCUCUACUUAUUGGAUCCCUUUUGAUUAAUGCAUGUAAAUGUCCAAAUCCUGAGGGGGAUUCAAAGUCAAUAAACGUAGAAAGAAGAGAGAGAAGGGAAAAUGGCAAGAGGGAGAGUGAACGUGAAGAGAAUAGAGAACAAGGUCAAUAGACAAGUAACCUUCUCCAAAAGAAAAGGUGGUUUGCUCAAGAAAGCCUACGAACUUUCUGUUCUAUGUGAUGUAGAGGUUGCUCUUAUCAUCUUCUCCAGCAGUGGCAAACUCUAUGAGUUCAGCAGUGACACAAUGGAGAAAACAAUUGAAAGGUACAAUCGCUGUAACAAUAUUUGGGACAAUAAUCGACCUGAAGAGUCUACACAGAGUUGGUCUCAAGAGGUGACAGAGCUCAGAUCCAAAUAUGAAUCUCUUCUUCGCACUCAUAGGUAUUUGCUUGGGGAAGAUCUUGGAGAGAUGAGUGUCAAAGAAUUGGAGACGCUCGAGAGACAGCUUGAAAGAGCUCUCUCGGCAACCAUGCAACGCAAGACGCAGGUUACUAUGGAACAAAUGGAAGAGCUUCGGAGAAAGGAGAGGCAGCUCGGAGAUAUAAACAAGAAGCUAAAGCUUGAGGCAGAAGGUAAUGAAUUCAAAGGCUUUCAAGACCUUUUGCUAAAUUCGGAUGACAGGGCAGGUUCCUCUGAUUUUUCCUUGCUGUCCUCUCAUCACAUCUCUGUGGAUUGCAACGUCGGACAGUUCUUGAAGAUCGGGUUUCAACAACAAUAUGAGCAAGGUGAUGGAUCUUCGGUAUUCAAGAGUAAUGUAGGAUGCGACUCUGAAACCAACUUUACUCAAGGAUGAGCUAGUUCGUCGAAAUGUCAAACAAAAUAUAAGAAGCUCAUACUCUCUUUUUUUUUAAGUUAUAUGCCAGAGUUUUUGGUUUAGAAGGUACUAUAUCUAAUUACAAUAUGCGAUAUGGACCAUUAAGAAUAUGCAAUAUCUAAUCUCCUA